AAAGUAUCACCUACUUAUUUAAACAGAUAAUGAUUUAGGCGGAACAGCCACUACUGACCCACAUGUCAACCACACAUUUGCAUAAAAAAUGAGAGUACCUCCGUACUCAUUGACUGCGAUAUUCAACGGUGAAAAUAUUCACGAACAUCCGACAAUGUCUCUUGCGUUUAAUGUAUAGUAUUGACACUAAACAUUUCCGACGGGUUGCGUGUAAACGUCUUCAAGAAGCGCACACGAGACGCCGAUAAAAAUAGGACACGGAUGACGUAAUGAUCCUUGAUCGAGUAAGAGUCAAAAAUGAACCGGCACCGAUAUUUAUUUUCAUUGAACGCAUCGGCACACACCUGCCUCCUUUUUAUAUCGUUGUACUCGUCCCGAAUACGCAUACAGACAGGGAGCCGUUAAGAAACACGUAGAACCCACAGUCAAGUGCCUAACCGGACGAUAUAAAGCCGGCCAGAUAACGGUUUCACGAGCACAUACACGGAUACGAAAUAAAGCCACGAUCUCUCCCCUUUUUCUCAUUCUUUUGCCAAUACGCUUUUAACCCUACAAAUAAGUACUUGGUUCAGUAAAUGUUUACAAAACUACCAAUAAACAGUAUAUUAUAUUUAAGAAUCAUAAAGAUGAGGACGAUAUGGUUGAUGCUGUUGUUCGUUGGCGUCGCAGUCCACGCUCAACGUCGACUCGCUCUUCCUGAUCCACGCAGUUGUGCAAACAGAGUACGACAUGCUACCUACAGAGAUGCCAGAGGUGUUGCACAUUCAUACUUCUUCAGUUGGGAACAUCAACCGACUAGAAGUCUGGAGGUGGACUGGCUGGAUGCUCGUAACAUUUGUCGCAGACAUUGUAUGGACGCAGUCUCUCUCGAAACGCCGCAAGAAAAUGAAUUUAUCAAACAGAGAUUGGCACGAGGAAACGUGAGAUUCAUCUGGACAUCGGGACGCAAAUGCAACUUCAAUGGCUGUGACAGACCAGAUCUUCAGCCCCAGAACAUCAAUGGAUGGUUCUGGUCGGGUUCAGGAGCUAAGAUUGGUCCUACUACGCAGCGUAACUCUGGUGACUGGAGUAACACUGGCGGAUACGGACAACCGCAACCUGACAAUCGUGAAGCUGCCCAGGGUAACGACGAGUCCUGCUUGUCUAUCUUAAACAACUUUUACAAUGAUGGCAUCAAAUGGCACGACGUGGCUUGCCAUCACCGAAAGCCUUUUGUAUGCGAAGACAGCGAUGAACUUCUGAACUUUGUCCUUUCUAGAAACCCUGGCAUACGUCUUUAAGCUUCAUGUAUCAAUUUUCUACGAUUCUUGAAUGUUCAAUAC